AUGAGUUUGCGUGAAGAAGAAAGGCAGAAAAACGGCUGUUCUAGUCGCGGGCUCGGCUUGGCAGCAGCUGCAAUUGGCGUCGGCGUUGGAGCAGCUUUGUACUACUUCUUUAGCAAGAGCCCCGAAAAUCCGCACAGCGAAGGGUCCACGGCUUCCGGAUGGCAAACUGAGACCUUAAAUUGUACCAAUUGUGACCAAACACAACGCAACAUGGAUGUGGAUUCAGAUGAUUAUACUACAAUAUCUGAAGAUGUCACCUCUGAUACCAGUAUAGUGUCAAGCGCGGAUGAAGAUUUUAACUGCUCAUAUAGUAGUAGAGAUACAUUCAACGAGACCAUUGUUACAGUUGAUAGCUCUGAAUCAAAUAAUUCAUUAUCUGAGCAAUAUGUAACAGAUACUGAUUACAGUGACAGUGAUAUGGACGAUCACAGUGAUACUAGCUUAGAACAACAUUCUGGGUCUGAUAACUCAACAUACAAUAGUAACUUUAGUGAGAGGUCCGCCAUCAACCAAAGAAGUGCGAAUAAUUCUUACGAAACAGGAUAUGUGAUGUUGACACUGAGAACUACAAUGAAUUCAAGUUCAUCUAGCUCAAAUUCAGACGAAAUUCAGGCUGAUGAAUGGGUAGUGGUAGAUGAAGGUCUUUCCGAGUAUACCAGAGGAUCUAGGUCACCUAUACACAGAAUUGGAGAGGAACAGGCUAUCCAAAGAGAUCAAGCAUUUCGCGAGCGUUCGUGGACCCUAGAGGAGUGCUCGAUAUGUUUCGAGGUGAUGCUACGCGACCAGGAGCUGAUGACGUUGCCGUGCACUCAUCACUUCCACCAGGCGUGCAUCCUGCCCUGGCUCCAGGAGCAGGGGACUUGCCCCAACUGCCGGAAGCGCGCCGAAUGA